AUGGAUCGGCUGGAGCAGGGUGGGACUUCCGUGUGUCGAGAGCUGUUGUCGGGAAUUAGCAAACGCACUCCAGCUAAUGGUACAAUCGACGUUUUACUGUCAUCGCAGCCUCGGCAAGAAGCAGAGCGGGUGGAAGUCGGUCAACAUUCAAAUCAGCUGUUUGUACCGCGGACAUCGAACUAUACAGCUAUUGAUGCGUGGGUGACGCAGUACGGUGGAUUCCAGAUAAAAAUGCACGGCAUCAGCAAGGGCGGGGUGGCAGAUGAUUUGGCAAAACUGGGCUCGAAUGUCAACCGACUCUUCUUUUUGCUUCCGCCACUCUUUUACAAAGCUUUCACCAAGAGGACACCUCAAACCAUCGAGCGAUUUGCGAUCCUUGUUCCGUAUGCCAAACUGGUGCAAUCCACUUCAUUGAUAUCAGCUUCUCUUUCAAUGCCCACCAAGACAUUACCUAGUGAGCAAUUCGUCAUCGGUAGUGCAUCGCUCAAAAAAAAUAUUAUGAUCUCGAUAAAUAUAUAG